UUUUGUAUUUUGUUAAAAUGCUAAAAGGAAAACGUAAAAGCUAUCCUGUAAAUCUAAAACUCAAUGCAAUUGAAUAUGCAAAAAAAACAAAUAAUUAUGCUGCAGCACGGUUCUUUAACGUCGAUCAUACUCAAAUCAGCAGGUGGCGAGUGAAAGAAGAGGAGUUCAAGAACGCAAGGAAAACAAGUCGCAGAGUAGGAUCCGGUGCUUCAUCAUUAUAUCCACUCACUGAAAAUUCAUUGAAAGAGUGGAUAGUUAAACGACGUCAAAGAGGAAUAGCAGUCACCCCUAAGAAUGUUAAAUUUUGCAUGACUAACUUACUCUCUAAUGAAUUUAAGUUAUCAUACUCUAAUGCUCUUAAUACCUUUAAAGCAUCAGACCCAUGGCUUAAUUUUUUUAUGAAUCGGUUUAACCUUUCCCUUCGCAGACGCACAAAAACCUCUCAAAAACUUCCUAAAGACUUAUAUGAAAAAGUUACUGAGUUUUAUAGUUUUAUUAAUGAAUUAAGAAUAAAUAAUAAUUUUGAACUUAACUGUAUUGCUAACAUGGAUGAAACUCCCAUUUACUUUGAUAUGGUUGGUGCUUAUACAAUUAAUGAUCGUGGCGCACGAACAGUACCUAUACGUACAACAGAGAAUAAUAAAAACCGAUUUACCUAUAAUUCGAAAAACUAUUUAAUUGAAUUGGAUCAAAUUGAAGAAGAAAAAGACUGCAUUAUUGAUCUAGUAGAUGAAAACAAAGAAAAUGAAGAAAAUAUUGCAACAUCUAGUGUAUCUUACAUAAAUGCUGAAAGAAGUUAUUUAAUCAGAGAAAAUGAAACUGAGAUAAUGA